AUGAAGAGAUCCGGGCUAGAGACAACGGUCAAGGAAACAGAAGUGGAUCAAGAUCACUUUAAGGUGAUUCGUUUCUACAGAGAAAAAAUGAACCAACAGCCUUUACACAGUGCACUCAGAAGCUUUAAUAUACAAGAUGGUGUACGUAUGUCUGGAGUUUACGAGAUUCAUAGAAAUAACGAGAUCAUCUACAUCGGAGGGAACCCUUAUUUUAGCAACAUCCGGGACUGUCUAAAUGCUCAUUUUAGCGGAAAUGAUGGACUUCCUAUCGGUCGAUAUCUUAGCGGCCCUGGAAAGCGACGCUGGAGGAACAUUGCUGUGCGAUGGUUGACUUGUCUGAACCCCCCUGAAAUAGUGUACUUCUUGUUAGAGGAUUAUCAACUGAGGAAUGGCGCGUUACCGAUUUAUAACAACGCUCCUAAUGUUCAGUCAAGAGAUUGGGAUUGUGACUGA